UUGGGUAUAUAUACACAUUUUUUAAAUUUAUUUGCAGUGCAAUGUUGUUUUGAAUUCUGCUUCUUGCUAAUGUUGCUCCUACUCCACUCUUAAGCUCCGCAUCCAUCGUGAUUUUCCGUCCUCUUGCCCUACACGACGCCAAACACGAAAUGUUAACGCUAAUUCCUCUCUCACAAUCCAACCCUCUCAACUGCGGAUUCUAAUCUCUGAAUCAUUCCAACUCCGAAUUUUGAUUUUCCAGAAAUUUCAGGUUCUUUUCCUGACUCAUGGAAGAUCGCCAGGGCAAGAGGAGCUCCAAACCGUCAAUCAUCAAAGGCCUGAACCCUACGGUUCGGCCGAUCAAAAUUCAGAUGGACAAUCACCUCGUAAUCGGCGGGACCGGACACUAUCACCAAGAAACAAACUCCAAAAUUCCAACAAUUCUUGAUCGUUACGCCGAGAAGCAUGACCGUUCAACACCGAUCGUAAGUUACUUCCGCUCUCGAUCUCCCGUGGUAGGAAAAUUACCAUCCGCCGGCGACACAUGUUCUACUCCGGUUGCGGACGUCAUCAAUGCCAGCUACCGGUCCUCUAUUAUCAACCACUUCGCCAGCAGCACUUCCGGAAGCAGUAGCUUCGGUUCUCGGAGAGGAGGAUCGUCUUUGUCACCACUUUCGGCUCUAGAGAAUUUGGAAACGACACCUGUAAGGUCUCCACAAAUUUAUGGGACUCCAUUGAAGGUCCAUGAGGAAGUGAUAGUAAUGGAUGAAAUUUUGAUCAGUUCGGUCCAUGGAGGAGCGAAGACACUGAAGUCUGCCUUAGAUUCCGGAAGCGGCGGCGGCUCAUCGUUAAGCAAAAAUCAAUACAGAACGGACAUUUGCCGCUCCUGGGAGGAUUCUGGAAGCUGCCGCUUCGGCCACAAAUGCCAGUUUGCACAUGGAAAGGAGGAGCUUCGGCCAGUUCAUUUACCUGUUAAAACCAAACCUAAGUUUGGUGAACCAUAUUUGACGCAUGGUCUCAAGUCCCGCAACAAUCAUUCACUAACAGGAAUAGCUGCAACAACGCAAUCCAACUCACUCUAUGCCACCUUCAAAACUGAACUUAACAGAAGAGGUCAUUCAAUAAAUUCAAUACACAACCUGAACACUGAUUGGUCACCUGACGAUGAUGGCAUCGAAGUUGUUGUCCCCGAAACGAAGUCCACAAGGGGAGAUGUAGACCAACACAUCCUUGAGGUUCUUUAUGGUUCCACCACUGAGAGAGCCAAAAAGAGGCUUCCAGUUUUCGUUCAACUUUGCUCAUCCCGACUAGAAGAAUAGGGAGGGCCAAAGUUUUUUCCAUCUUAAACUCAUUUCUUGGAAAUGCAUACACCAUUUUGUUUUGAAACACUCAUACUUAGCUUAUGCGCAUGUGCAUACUUUGAUGUGUACGUGUUCCUCUAAGGAAAAGGCUGUGUUCUACUUA